UUUUCAAAUAUUUUUUAAAUAAUGAUUUUAUUUACUAUUUUAAAAUUUCAUAGUAAAUAUAAGAUUUUGCGCUAUAUAAAACAUCUUCAAAAUAAUCACAGGAAACUUUCAUAUUUCUUUCCAAAACUAUAUCAAGUUUACCAAUUACCUUUCAAGCUUACAAAAACUGCCAUACCUAUAGGAACAGGAUUAAUUUUAACCUUAGUCCUUCAAAAUAAAUCUACUGCAUAUUGCCUAAAAUACAAUGAUUCUAACACUGAAAAUUUGCUGAAAGCUUGUAAAAUUAAUGAUAUUAAAGAAGUAGAAAAAAUUCUAAAAUUAGAAACUGAUGUAAAUCAGCGUCAUUAUCUUGGAUGGACCCCUCUUAUGGUUGCUUCAAUUAAUGGAAAUAUAGAUGUAGUUAAAUUAUUAAUUGAUGCAGGUGCAGAUAUUGAUAUGGAGGAUAAUUUUUCCAAUAUAUAUAAUGCUGCCAAAGAAUUUAAUAUGAAUACUAUGGAUGUAUUGUUGAAAAGAGAACAAGAAUUCAGUGAUAUACUUAACAUUAGAGCAUCUUUUAAAGGGUGUACUGCCCUUCAUUAUUCAGUGCUAGUUGAUAAUAUAGAAAUGGCAAAAUUUUUAUUAAAUUCAGGGGCAAAUCCAUUGGUGGAAAACAAAAAUGGACAUAAACCUAUUGAUUACAUUAAAGGGGAAAAAAUGGAAAAACUUUUAAAAGAUUAUAUGAAUAAAUUUGAAAUCCUGAAAGCAGAGCGCGAAGCCGAAGAAAGGCGCAAAUUUCCCUUGGAACAACGCAUUAAACAAAACAUAAUAGGACAAGAGAUGGCUAUUUCUAUUGUGGCCGGGGCUAUAAGACGCAAAGAGAACGGCUGGUUUGACGAUGAACACCCAUUGGUCUUCCUAUUUUUGGGAUCUUCUGGAAUAGGUAAAACUGAAACGGCCAAACAAAUAGCAAAAUAUCUACACAAUCCAAAAUCUAAAAGCAAUUCUGCAACAGUUAAAGGCUUCAUUCGUCUCGAUAUGUCCGAAUACCAAGAGAAGCAUGAGGUGGCCAAAUUCAUAGGUUCUCCUCCUGGCUACGUUGGUCACGAAGAAGGUGGUCAACUUACCACCAAACUCAAGGAGUGUCCGGAUGCCGUAGUGCUCUUCGACGAAGUUGAUAAAGCCCAUCCUGACGUUUUAACCAUUAUGUUGCAAUUGUUUGAUGAAGGACGACUUACCGACGGAAAGGGUAAAACUAUCGAAUGCAAAGACGCCAUAUUUGUUAUGACUUCGAAUCUGGCCAGUGAAGUUAUCGCCAAUCACGCCUUACAAUUGAGAAAGGAAGCUGCUGAAAUGGCUAAACAGAAAAAAAAUUUAGAAAAUCUAGAAGAUAUUGAAGAGAUAACGUUAUCCAAGAAAUUCAAGGAACAAGUUGUCGAACCUAUACUAAAAAGACAUUUUAGAAGGGACGAAUUUUUAGGAAGGAUCAAUGAAAUUGUUUAUUUUUUGCCAUUCUCUCCACCCGAGAUAACCAAACUAGUCCUCAAGGAACUAAAAUUUUGGGCUGUAAAGGCCAAAAAACGCAACGAUAUUGAAUUAUCUUGGGACCGAGAAGUUUUAGACGUGUUAGCCGAUGGUUACAAUGUUCGAUACGGUGCUAGAUCUAUCAAAUAUGAGGUGGAAAGAAGGGUCGUCAAUCAACUCGCCGCCGCUUACGAACAAAAUCUAGUGGAAAAGGGCAGUUCAAUUCAUUUAAAAGUUGAGAACGAUCUUAAGAAAACGCGCUCUAUUAAUUCUUCAGAUUCGGGAGAAGGCCAAUUAAUAAAACUUCAGCUGAUCAGAAAAAAUAAUAAAUCCUCGAAUGAUCUAUUUUCCAACCCCGAAAAAUUAUUGAUUUUGGAUUGAACAUCAUCUCACUUUUUUAAAAAAUAAAAAGAAACAAAUUAAUUUAAAUUAUCGGCCUAAUUUAAGUAUUAAAUAUUAUUUUUGACACCAUGAAAUCGAUAUUAUCGCAUUUGGAAACGCAACAUUAUAGAAUAGGAUUUUAUUUUAUUGCAAAAUAUUCAUAAACUUGUUGGGGACACAACCAUUUUUUUUUCUUAUCACGUAAAAAAUUUUUGGCAUAAAUAAUG